AUUAACACAAAUACACUUAUAUACACAUACACACUCUCCCUCUCUCUCUCUCUCAACAACUCAAUUUAGAAAAGAAACAUAUAUACAUAUAGCAUAACUUGAACCGGUACCAUGGGAAGAUCACCAUGUUGUGAAAAGAAUGGUUUAAAGAAAGGUCCGUGGACUGCAGAAGAAGAUCAAAAACUUAUUGAUUACAUUCAAAAGAAUGGGUACGGAAACUGGAGAACUCUCCCAAAGAAUGCUGGAUUACAAAGGUGUGGAAAGAGUUGCAGGCUAAGAUGGACUAAUUAUCUAAGGCCUGAUAUUAAAAGAGGAAGGUUCACUUUUGAAGAAGAGGAAACAAUAAUUCAACUACAUAGUGUUUUGGGAAACAAGUGGUCUGCUAUUGCGGCUCGCUUACCAGGAAGAACUGAUAACGAAAUCAAGAAUUAUUGGAACACGCAUAUUAGGAAAAGACUUCUUAGGAUGGGAAUUGAUCCAGUCACUCACAAUCCUAGACUUGAUCUUCUAGAUAUCUCGUCCAUUUUGAGCUCGUCUUUUUAUAACUCCUCUCGCCAAAGCAUGUUCGGGGUUCAGCCAAUAGUGAACCCUGAACUGUUGAGGUUAGCAGCUUCACUCCUCUCGUCACAAAGAAAUCAAAACCUCGAGUUUGCUCACCAAAAUGGUCAAGAAAAUCAAAUUGGUAACCUUCAUCAUCAAGUUCAACAUCAAAAUCAUCUAGUCCAACUUCAAAACCAAGACGAUCACCAAAACUCCCUAUUAACAGAAAUCCCUAGUUGUGUUCCAUUGAGUAACCAUAAUUGUGUUCCAUAUACAAGUGAAUCUACCCAACAUAUGGAACCAAAUGUAGACCAACUUUCAUCAAGUUUUUCCCAUUUUGACCCAAAAACAACCUGCCAAUUAAAUGACUGGCAAAAUAAUAUUGAUAAUUUUAUUAGCAUGGACAACUAUGGUGGUUACCUGCAGCAACAAUACAUCAUUGAACCUCAUCAUCACUCAAAUUUGACUUCGAGCGACUUCGACUUCAACUCACAAUUAUCGAAUUUGUCGACACCUUCAUCAUCAAGUCCAACUCCUCUAAACUCCAACUCAAAUUCGACUAAUUACAUCAACGGAAGCAGCACCGAAGAUGAAAGAGAAAUCAGCUACUGCAGCAACUUGUUGAAAUAUGAAUAUCAAGAGAUCUUGGACUCUAGUGUUUUCAUGUAAUUUUACGAUCGAUCGAACGUAUUGUAAUCUGAGUCCAACUACAUAAUCAUAUAGUUCUUAUCCUUUCUAA